GAGCGCAGGAGAGCAGAGAGAGGAUUGGCAGACUGUUUUCAAUUCUUGAAAGAUUAGUUCCAAAAUGAGAAAUGUAUUUAUGUGAAUAUAUUAAGGUUUCCAAGAUGGCGCUGGUGUACAUGGCUUGCCGUCCUCGUCCACACCUGUUUCGCUGCUUUUUACCCCCUUUACCUUUUUUUAUGGACCUUGGCAUUGUAUUUUUUAUCCUUUUAGUUGUAUGCUCAUCUAGUGGCUGUGCACUGAUUACGUACGACAGGCAAACACUUUUAAAUCUUCUACUCUCCCAUUCGUCUCGGGCUGAUCCUUACUGGAAUCUGGGCAACGCCACCCCGCCACAACCGGACCCUCCAACCGGCUUCUUCCACCUACCCUUUCCUAAUCUACACAAGAACCGCUAUAGGAAACACGAUAUCACAGAGCCUGAAGCUGACAAAACAGAUACCAGCACUGAUUUCAAGCUUCUUGGGUGGACACCUCUGUAAUAUUCAUCACCAUGGCAACACAGAAGAAUAACAUCUCAUCCAAAUACAAAGACAUCACCUCCAGAGUUGUGAUUUCAUCAAGAUCUCUUGCUGUCUACCAACUGAGAACAAAAAAAGAGAAGACUGGAUCUUUGACAAGAAUGACUGUUGGAGAAAAAAAUCCAAACAAGACAAAUAAAACCAUCUUACUUGUGGGUGAAACAGGAGCAGGAAAAUCUACUCUGAUCAACGCUCUGAUCAACUACACCAUGGGAGUGAAGUGGGAGGAUAAAGUCUGGUUUCAGAUCGUAGAGGAGAAGAGAAGUCAGUCUGAAAGUCAGACAUCAGAUGUGAUCGUGUACGAGAUCUUUGGUUUUGAAGAUCAAACUCUGCCCUACUCUCUGACCAUCAUCGAUACUCCUGGAUUUGGAAAUAUUAUGGGGAACAAAAAGGAUGAUGUUAGCAAUCAAAAGUUAUUGGACUUGUUUCGGUUAGAGGGUGGAGUUCAUGAAGUUCAUGCAGUGGGUCUGGUGACAAAAGCAAGUGAUAAUCGAUUAAAUGACCGACUGUUUUAUGUGUUUGAUUCAAUGAUGUCUUUGUUUGGAAAAGACCUGGAGAAAAACACUGUAGCUCUGAUCACACACUCAGAUGGAAUGCCACCUAAAAAUGCUCUAACAGCUCUCGAACAUCAGAAGAUAAAAUGUGCUAAAAAUGAGAAGAACCAAUCACUUUAUUUUCUUUUUAAUAACCAACAGAACAAAGAGAGAACAGAUGAAAAUGAGUUUGGUUUGGAGACGGCAUGGAGAGUAACAGAGAGAGGAGUACGUCAAUUCACAGCCUUUCUAGAAGAAAGUGAAGCUCAAAAGCUGGAGACAACAUCUGAAGAUCUGAAUGAACGCAUCAGACUAACAGCCUGCAUCCACAACCUGCAAGAGAGAAUCAAGUUUAUUGAGGUAAAACAGAGAGAAAUCAAAAAUACUCAAGAAGCUCUGAAGAAACCCGAAGAGAGGAAGAUGAUAGAAGAGUUCACUCCUCGUGUUGCUGAGGUCUUCAAACAUAAAGAACCAGUCAGAGGGGGGAUGUGUGGGCUGGAAGCAGCUGUCUGCUGUACAGUCUGUAAGGAGAACUGUCACUAUCCUGGAUGCACACUAGGGUGGAAACCUGAAAACUGCAAGGUCAUGAAAGAUGGACACUGCACUGUUUGUACCAAAAAGUGUCCUGCAUUAGAUCACGUAAGAGAAAACUCGAGGUAUGUGACCAGGUUAAGGAAUGCCGAGAAGAAGAGAUUGUUUGAAUUCAAUAAAACUGAACCUGAGGUGAGCAUUUUGAUAAAUCUGGGAAAGGAAAUGAACAAACUGACAGCAGAAAAGUUACAGCUACUGGAUGAAGCUUAUCAACAUGUGGUCGGACUGGAUCAGAUGGACCUGAAUGUUAAUUCAGUAAACACUUCUGUACACUUGGACUUUUUGAUCGAGAAGAUGAAGGAGAAAGGAGACAAAGAAAAGAUCCAGAAACUGGAAGAGAUUGAAAGCCAAGUUGAUGAAGAAACCAAAGCAGCUCUGCAACACAGGAUCAAUCUCAUCUCACCACCAUAUGAGGAUAUUUCAUCCGACAGCUUUCUGAUCUGUUCAGGACCUCCUGCUGUCUACCAGCUGAGGCCAAAAAAAAGAGAAGUUUGGAACUCUGACAAGAAUGACUGUUGGUGAAAAAGAUAUUAACAAGAUAAAUAAAACCAUCCUACUUGUGGGGGAAACAGGAGGGGGGGAAAUCCACUCUGAUCAACACUCUGAUCAACUACACCAUGGGAGUGAAGUGGGAGGAUGAAGUCUGGUUUCAGAUCGUAGAGGAAGAGAAGAAAAGUCAGUCACAAAGUCAGACAUCAGAUGUGAUCGUGUAUGAG